UGCCCUCAAACAAAGAUGGCCGGCCUCGCACGCUUGUUUGGGAGGCUCACGCUUCAUCCAAGCACAGGUUGCUUAACUCAAGCGAAAGCAUCAGAAUGCCUACUCAGGCCCUCCAUCCCAGCCACAGUUCCUUUCGACGUGGUGCGAGGCAUGAGUUUCUUCGUGAAACUCACCGCCGAGCAGCUGUGGAAGGGUGUGACAAGUGUGAGCAAUGCGGGCCGUAAGAGAGGCCGAGCUGCCGGUUCUUCGCGGAAGAUAGCGAAGGACUUGAACAAGGGCCAAGUUGUUGGCGUUGGCAAGAUUAACAUGGUCUGGCCGGGUCUUAAUGCGCCAAUCGUGCGCGGCCGCGAAGUCGUGGAGCGGGUGGAGCUGCCGCCGGACAAGGAACGCGAGGAGCGGCUCAUCCAGCUGCGCAAUGCCAUGCACAGUUUCGCGCCACCAAAGCUGACGGCGCUCGAGCGUGGCUGGAGCGGUUACCGCAUGCCCGGGCGCAGCAUUGGUCCGCCAGACCCCGUCGGAGAUGUUACAUUUCACACAUUCGACACCAUCGUCCUUGAGCUUCGAUUAGUCACCCGAAUGACUGGCAACCUUGGGCGAAUGCGACGUCACAAGGCCCUGGUGGUUGUCGGGAACAAGAACGGCCUUAUCGGUUUUGCAAGUGGCAAGGCAAACGACGCCAGAUCAGCAUUGCGUGUGGCCAAGAACAAGGCAAUACAGCGACUGAGAUACAUAGACAGGUUCGAGGAACACACUGUAUUCCACGACUACUUCACGCAGUACGGCCCCAUGAAAGUGUGGGUGCGAAAGAAGCCGAAAGGCUACGGCUUAAAGUGUCAACGAGUCUUCCGCGAGAUCUGCAAGCUGGUCGGCAUCACGGACCUCCAAGCGCAGCUGGUCAAGUGUCGGGCCCGCUCAGCCUCCAACCUCGUUCGGGCGUUCAUUCUUGGUCUCCACAAUCAGAAGACGCAUCAGCAACUUGCUGACGAGAAGAGACUGCACCUGGUGGAGUACAAGGAUGAGACAGACAACUACCCGCGCGUCGUGGCCUCUCCGCGGGACGGAUGCCGCACCGCUGCUGAGAUUGGCCGGGACGAGGAGCUCGACUUUGACCUGGUCACUUCGAACGGAAUCUUGCUGAAGGAGCGGAGAGAAAUCGAGCCAUGGUACGUUAGGUUUGAACCGAGGGGAUGGGAGAACCACCUGAAGAAGGUUGACCCAUUCCGAAACGCUUACAACGUGCGCCUGAAUUUGAUUCACCGCUACGGCAAGCUCUGCAGCUUCGUCAAUCCGGAAGGAGUCGACGAGUGCAAUCGCAAAGAGGAUGACGGCUUCUAAGGUUUCAUCACCAGCGUUGCAUUGUUUAAGUAAUAAAAGCCAUAGGUUUGUUAUA